UCCUAUUGUGUGCAUAAUAUUGUGUGCAACGCAAAGAUGUGGAGCCUUCAAAACCGGCUUUUCAUCCUCUGCAUUUCUCUGAGAUGUGUGACCAGUGCAGUAGGGGUGCUCAGUGUCACUGGAUAUCUGAGAAGAGAGGUUAACAUUUCCUGCUCUUAUCAUCCGGGUUAUGAAUCAUAUGAGAAGUACCUCUGUAAGAACAGUUGUGGCAGGGGUGAUGUUCUUAUUACAACAACAAACCCAGUGAAAUAUAAAUACAUGAUCCAUGAUGACAAAAUAGCACGAAUCUUCACAACGACCAUCUCUGAUCUUCGUUCCAUGGAUGCCGGGAAAUACUGGUGUGCUGUGAAAAGACUUUUGAAAGAUAUCUACACUGAAGUUGAGCUGAAAUUAGUAAAAGGUAAACAAAAACUUGGUCAAAUUCUGUUGCACACUGAAAGCGAGUUACGGAAGUUCCUCUGUAAGGGAGACCAGCACAACAGCUGCAUGGACAUGACCAAUCAAAGCAGGUUCACUGUCCAUGAUAAUGUUUCUUCCAGCUCUUUCUUGGUGAUGAUUGCAGAGCUGGAAGCAGCUGAUGCUGGGACAUACUGGUGUGGGUCAGAUUCACAAUGGAAAGUUGGAAACUACACCAAGAUGGAGCUGUCGGUUUUUCUGCAGCACACACUGGGAACUCUGGAAACAAAUAACCCAGCACUCUAUGUGGUUUACAUUGUAACCCCUGUGCUCCUAUUGAUGUGUGUCCUGUUUAUUCUUUAUAAGUACAGAUGUUCCACAGUUAAAGGUGAUGAAGCCACAAGCAGAAAUACCCAAAAUAAGCUAUAGAGCUCAGAGGAAGCGAUGGGGGCAGCAGAAAGUGGAAACUCAAGAAGCUGAGAUGACUGGUAGCCACUAUGAGGAUAUCGGUGGAGAUGAAGUAUCUAUCAAAACUUUACCAGAAAAAAAAAAAUCUACCGUGAUACAAAAUUUCAGCAGAAGACUGUUUUGUUUUUUGCUUGAUUUUCAUAACAAAAUCUGCUGUUUUUAUAAAAUUGUAGAAAAACCAGAAUAUAAAUUAUCAAUAUGAGUGUAAAGAGAAUUAAUAAGCAAGAAAAAAAAAAGGUGCAUGGAAUUAAUAUUAAGUUUAACAGUAGAAUUAUUUUUUUUUUAGCUUAGUAUUAUAUUUUACUGAUGCAUUCAAACAAAAAAGAAAGAAAAUAAAACACAUGUCCACAAAACUGUUUAACUGGUCAGUUUUUCAAAGCACCUCCAGCCCGUUGCAGACGGACAUCCUUCAGAGGAGCCAGGAAAUUAAACUUCCUUCCUUAACUUUCAAUGUCACUACUAUUGUGUAGCCGUGAAUACAGUUAUUGUGGUGGCGUAUUUAAAUAAGUGUAUUGGAAAAGAAUCCUGUUACUCAUGAACUGUUGUCAGAUUCUCUUCAUGUGUGUUAAUUUUAAAAGCUAACUUUAUAAAAUUAAUAAUAAUAAACCCCAUUUUAGAGAUAGAACAUAAAUUGCUAUUUAGAGAGUAAGUUGUUUAAAAUAGUAAGUUUGAUUUUCCUGACUAACGAUUAUGGACUUUCCAGAUGACAGAAAUAUGUAUGUGUGUGUGUGUGUGUGUGUGUGUGUGCAGCCUCCUAGAGAAGCGGGGUAAAGGUAGCUGAGGUAGUGUGUCAGAGAGGAGGAUGCUGGAAAGAAAACUCCUCAGCUUCGGGGACAGUCCGUCUCAGCGUCUCACCUCAUGCAUUAAUUUUAUUCACUGUGUCACUUUCUGCCUAUUUGCACUGUGAUAGCUUAGUUGGUGUAAAGCGAAUCCUAUGACUUUAUUUUUAAUUGCACUGACUAUAUAAAAGGCACACCAAUUUCCUUUUGGAUUAAAAAAGUUCUUAUCAAAUAUUUCAUUUACUCUGCUUCUUAAGUGUGUGAAUUCAAUAG